AUGGUCGCAUACAGGUAUCACCAGUACCAGGUUGUUGGAAGAGCCCUCCCAACUGAGGGUGAUGAGCAUCCCAAGAUUUACAGGAUGAAGUUGUGGCACACAAAUGAAGUCCGUGCUAAGUCCAAGUUCUGGUACUUCUUGAGGAAGUUGAAGAAGGUGAAGAAAAGCAAUGGUCAAAUUCUUGCUAUCAACGAGAUCUUCGAGAAGAACCCAACCAAGAUAAACAACUACGGGAUCUGGCUCCGCUACCAGAGUCGAACCGGGUAUCACAACAUGUACAAGGAGUUCAGGGACACCACUCUGAACGGUGCUGUGGAGCAGAUGUACACUGAGAUGGCUUCUCGCCACAGAGUGAGGUCUCCAUGCAUUCAGGUGAUCAAAACUGCCACCAUCCCUGCCAAGCUGUGCAAGAGGGAGAGCACCAAGCAGUUCCACAACUCCAAGAUCAAGUUCCCAUUGGUGUUCAAGAAGGUGAGGCCUCCAACCAGGAAGUUGAAGACGACUUACAAGGCAUCCAGGCCCAACUUGUUUGUGUAG